AUGGAUAAUUCAGUCUACACAACGAUACUUGGUUUUACCACUGCUUCUCUUUUAUAUUAUAUUUAUCAUUACUAUGUGAAACCAUACUCUUACUUUGACAAAUUCAAUAUACCAGGGCCUAAACCUAAAUAUAUUUUCGGUAACUUGUUCGAUAGCAGCUAUGGCCAUCGUCAUAGGUGCUUAAAUAAAUACUUUAAAAAAUAUGGCAAGGUAGUCGGGCUAUUUUAUGGUCAGAUUCCCAUCAUCCAUGUUGCUGAUAUCGAUAUUGUAAGCGAGAUUUUGCUAAAACAAUCAGACAAAUUUUUAAAUCGAGUUAACUUGGUGCCGAGCUUUGAUAGACCUGUAGGCUUGAUGGAAGCUCGUGAUGAGGAUUGGAAAAAUGCGCGAACAAGCUUGACACCGUUAUUCUCUCCUACUAAGCUAAAAGCGAUGUCUCAAUUCGCAAAUAAUGCUGGUUUCAAUUUAUUGAAUAAAAUACUUGAGAAUACUGAACUACGUAGUGCUGUAUUGGAUAUGAAAAAGCUGUUUUAUAGUACCGCUAUGGAAAUGUCUUUAACGUCCAUGUUUGGUAUCGAAGCAGACGAAAAAAAAAGAGAUGAAUUCGAAGCAGGCUUUUCUGACUUUAUAACAGGACUUGCUCGCCCAUUUUCUGCUUGGUCGAUUGCGCUACCUAAAGUUUUCAUUUUGCUAAGUGUUUUUUUUGCUCGUAAGCAAGUAUUUGGUAUUGUCAAGACGCAUUCUAUUUUGCAACAAAUUAUCAAGACGCGUCGUCAAGAACUUCAGCAAGGCGUUACCACUAGAACUGACAUGCUCAAAUUAGUCAUCGAGGCUGAACAUAAAGACAAGAUUACCGAUCGAGAUAUUGUACAACAUUGCUUUACGUUCUUGGUUGGUGGUUACGACACUACUGCUGCUACCUUGACUUAUGCCGUAUUUUCCUUAGCUACUAAUCCUGAUGUCCAAGACAAGCUCAUUGAAGAAAUCGACCAGCAUUGCCCCGAUGUAAGCAAUCUGACUUACAACGAUGUUCAAAAGUUAACUUAUAUGGACAUGGUACUAAAUGAAACGUUACGUUAUUACUCACCUGGCUAUAUCAAUCUUCGCGAAGCGAAGGAAGAUUGCACCAUUCGCGGCGUAAGAUUUCCGAAAGGUGUUGGUGUUGCCAUUGCUGUUAAAGCUAUUCAUGAAGAUCCUGAUGUAUGGGAGAAUCCAGACAAAUUUGAUCCAGAGAGAUUUUCACCUGAAGCUAAUGCUAAUCGUCACCCUUGUCAUUUUCUACCGUUUAGCGAAGGCCCUCGAAAAUGCAUAGGUAUAAGAUUGGGCUGGAUGAACAUGAAACUAAUCUUAGCAAGAUUAUUACAACGAGUGAAAUUUGAUGUGGCUAAAGAGACCGAGAUCCCGUUACCAACGGUAAUACAAUUUACUGUUGUACCAGAAAAUCCGGUAUAUCUGAAGAUUGUUCAUAGGACGCAAUAA